AUGUUCAAAUACUUCGUAUUCAUCUGCAUGAUGGCGGUGGCUUUUGCUGACCCCAAGCCUGGUGUGCUGUACAGCGCGGCAUACACAGCGCCAGUAGCUGCGGCGUACACCGCUCCCGUAGUGUCGGCCGCCUACACCGCGCCCCUCGCCUACUCCGCGUACUCCGCACCCAUCGCCGCGUACUCCGCCUACCCCUACGCCUCACCAUACGCCGCCUACUACCUGCGCAAGUGA